AAGCAGAUCCUUCUCACCACGGGCAAGAUUUGAUCAUGCCACCUCGAUAAAGUACCCAAACCCGACUGAUUAUUUUUCUUUUGUCAGAUAAAUUGCUACAUCCACAUCUUCAUCCACUACUCCGUCAAUCCCAGGACAAGUGCUACUCGCUUAGCUAAGCAACUCCGGCCCGGAGCCCAAAUCCUUGCGACGGCGGCCGUGACGGAAGCAUCUCCGGAAAUACCAGGCUUCACUAAACUCAGGCCGCCAGCAAAAUUGACCUGUAAACACUUAUUGGGACAUUGCGUCAAGAUAUCCUUUAACAUGCGUCGCUCUGUGCUGCGGGCUGUCGAGUCCACAAAGCCGCUCGCUCGCGUGCCUCGCGCAGCUGCGUCGAGAAGCUUUUCUACUGCCAAAGACCAAUCCAAGGAUCCUGCGGAAUUAGAUCAAAUUACUACCUUACCAAAUGGAAUCCGUGUCGCUACUGAAUCCCUGCCGGGCCCCUUCGCCGGAGUUGGUGUCUAUGUCGAUGCUGGAUCCCGUUAUGAAGAUGAGAGUCUGCGCGGAGUGAGCCACAUCAUGGAUCGCCUGGCGUUCAAGUCCACCAAGUCACACUCCGCCGAUGAGAUGCUGGAAACCCUCGAGAAUCUUGGCGGAAACAUCCAAUGUGCCUCUUCUCGCGAGUCGCUCAUGUACCAGUCGGCUAGUUUCAACUCUGCAGUCCCCUCGACGCUUGGGCUGUUAGCGGAGACAAUCCGUGACCCUCUCAUCACGGAGGAGGAAGUGGUCCAGCAGCUGGCCACAGCAGAGUAUGAGAUUGGCGAGAUCUGGUCCAAGCCCGAUCUCAUCCUACCGGAGCUGGUGCACACAGCAGCCUACUCGAACAACACUUUGGGCAAUCCCUUGCUUUGCCCGGCGGAGAGACUGGGUGAAAUCAACAAGUCUGUCGUAGACAAGUACCGGCAGACGUUCUUCAACCCGGAGCGGAUAGUCGUUGCCUUCGCUGGCGUGGAGCAUGACAAGGCGGUUAAGCUCACGGAGCAGUACUUUGGUGAUAUGAAGUCUCACAAGGCAGCUCUCUCGGGAACCGGUGUUGAGUCUACCUUGUCUCAGUCUGAAUCGACUCUGGAGGAGGGACAGGUGCCCACAAUUCCUCAAUUCACGCCGUCUUCGACUGUUUCUACCACGCCUCCUAAUUCCAAGUCGGGCCUUCUUUCCAAACUUCCGUUUUUGAAGAAUCUCAAUCUUUCCGGCUCGCAAAGCAACGUUGCAUCGCCGCUUGACCCGUCCCUUGUGCAGUCAUCUACAUUAGACCUGACUCGACCUUCUCAUUACACUGGCGGCUUCCUCUCUCUACCACCAAUUCCUCCGCCAGCCAACCCCAUGUUGCCGCGACUGAGCUACAUUCACCUCGCUUUCGAGGCCCUUCCUAUCUCCAACCCCGACAUCUACGCGCUUGCUACCCUCCAGACCUUGCUUGGAGGCGGUGGCUCCUUCUCGGCCGGUGGUCCCGGAAAGGGAAUGUAUUCCCGUCUCUACACCAAUGUGUUGAACCAGUACGGAUGGGUGGAGAGCUGCGUUGCUUUCAACCACAGCUACACAGACAGUGGCAUUUUCGGGAUCUCCGCAUCCUGCAGCCCCACGCGCACCUCCGAGAUGUUGGAGGUCAUGUGCCGUGAGUUGCAGUCCCUGACUCUCGAUAACGGCUAUUCCGCCCUCCAGCCCCAAGAGGUUGAGCGCGCGAAGAACCAGCUCCGCUCCUCCCUCCUCAUGAACCUGGAGUCGCGAAUGGUGGAGUUGGAGGAUCUCGGACGCCAGGUCCAGGUUCAUGGCCGGAAGGUGAGCGUCAUGGAGAUGUGCCGGCGCAUUGAAAACCUCACGGUGAAGGACCUCCGUCGUGUUGCCAGACAAGUCUUUGGUGGCAAUGUCCAAAACCCGGGUAAGGGCACCGGAAAGCCCACCGUCGUCUUGCAGGAAGGCGAGCUUGAGGGCCACAAGCUGCGUCCAUUCCCCUGGGGAGAGAUUCAAGACCGGAUAGCCCGGUGGCAGUUGGGUAGACGGUAAUCCGAACAAGUGUGGUGAUUGAAGUUCGAUCAGCGAACCCCAAGGAAGUACGGAGGAUGGUGGGAAGUGAGUCAAAAUAGAGCAGGCUUUCACAAAUUCUUCACUCUAUGUAAUUAAAUAUAGCUCUCAAAUGACAAUGUAGUAUAGACGGAUGAUAGAUCCUAUAGCUCGAAAAUCGAAACUUUGAAUCAGG